AUGGCCGUGUUCAAGCUUCAACUGAUACUCCUGCUAGCCAUAGGGCUUCUUCAUCAGGGUACAGCUGCCCCAAUCGCAGUAGCUGAUGGACUGGAUCGCUUUGACGCGACUUUGGCUUCGAGCCUCGUCAAGCGGGUGGAAGAAGACCCAAACAAGGGCCAGGACAAAGGCAAAGGCAGGGCCCGGGUAGUGAGCCCGUCGAGCUACAUCCCCCCAGAAAACUACGGAACACUGCUCAGUACAUCGCAAGAAGUGGACCGUCAAAAUGCCGCCCGGGAAGCUGCCGCAGCCGCCGCCGAGGCUGCUCAAGCCCGGCAGAGAGAGGCACAGCAAGCCCAGCAACCCCGCCAAGGAAGGAAGAUGCCGACGCUGCAGCCGGAGGGGGGCAGGUCCGCUGGAGGAGGAGGAGGAGGAGGAGGAGGAGGAGGACAGAGACGACCGUCCGACACGUUGCCGAUCAACGCGGCGGAACCAUCGCCGGAUCAGCUGAACAGGAUGUUUUCCCCUAACCACCCCGAACAGUACGGGGCCAUCCCUUACAGAGAAGGACCACUAGACCGUUCCGCCAGCACUCGGGCUCAGGCGGGCAACUCUCCACCAAGAGGCCAGUCGCAAUCUUCUCAAGGACAGGGCUUCUCUGGCGCGAUAAGGCCCAACCCCAACCACCCGCUUCCGCCCCUGCCGGAGGAGGCCCAGCCGAAACCGCUAUCGCGCUCCCAGACCUCGUCGCCGUCACCGACCAGGGACCAGCAGCCCAGGCCGCUCUCGCGCGCCCAGACGGCACCCAUCACCCCUCAGCUGACGGCGGCUAACCUUCAGACCCUGGGAGGUGGCGGCGGCGGCGGUCGUACUUCCUCCCAGGGGUCGGCGGGCACGACGGGCGCCGUCCACGACGUGCCCACCAACCGGCAGGGACAGGCCAACGCCGCCUCCGGUCUCGUUCGGUCCGACUCCCAGAGGUCGGCGGGCACGACGGGCGCCGUCCGCAACGUGCCCACCAACCAGGCGGGCCAGGCAAAUGCCAGGAACGCCCAGCAGAGCUCUUCCGGAGGCCGCGUGCGUACCGAGGCCUCACGUAUCAAUGCCAAGGUGGCGGCCGACAAGGCGGCGGCCGACAAGACCAAGAAGCAAGGGAAAGGGCCGAAGCGAUAG